AUGGGUGCAAUGGAAGAAACCCCGUUAAAGGCAGAUAUUCAAACAGUUUUUCGGAAACUUCGGAAUAUACCAUGCAACAAAGAAUGUUUCGAUUGUGGUGCACGUAAUCCCACGUGGGCAUCAAUAACUUACGGUAUUUACAUAUGUAUCGAUUGCUCGGCGGUACAUCGAAAUUUAGGCGUUCAUAUCAGUUUUGUACGAUCGACUACUUUGGAUACUAAAUGGACUUGGUUGCAGUUGCGUGCUAUGCAAGUUGGUGGAAAUGCUAAAGCGAACAGUUUUUUCAAGCAACAUGGAUGUAAUACAAGUGAUGCUCAACAGAAAUAUAAUAGCAGAGCUUCAAAUUUAUAUAAAGAAAAAUUAGCUUUACUGGCAAUAGAAGCACAUCGGCAGUAUGGCACUUCUUUGAUGAUGGAAAAUAGCGAUUUGAUAACGAAUGAAGUAUUUGACGAAAAAAAUGCAAAGGAAGAAGUUGAUUUUUUUUCGCAAGAUUUUGUUGUUCAUCAAAGCAAUUCUUCUUGCUCGAUAAGUCAGGAUGCGUUCAUUAACAGUGGCAGUGAAACGGUAUUAGAACCGAAUGUUGAAACAUUAUCAUUGAGUGAUGCAUCUCGUGAUCAAAAUAUUCCGUUGAAGUCAAGCAUUACGAGCAAAAAAGUGCCGGUGAAAAAGUCAGGGCUUGGUGCUAAGAAAGGAAUGGGUGCACAUCGCAUAACUGCGAAUUUCGGUGAAAUUGAACAGCAAGUAUCUAAUUAUGACAAGGACAAGGAAGCACUGGAAAGCUCUACCAUAAAAGGUACUGGAAAUGGUGACAGUGAUUUUGAUCGUUCGGAAACAAUAAUUUCCAGUCGAUUUUUGAUGCAAGAAUUGGAAAAAAAGGCUAAACAACAAGUAAACAAUAUGGAUCAGAGUAAAGCGGACGUGGUAGAACGUCUUGGUAUGGGCAGUGGUGGCGCUAUCUUUGGAAAGGGAAGAAUAAGUCAUUCGGUAGCAGGUGGCAUCAAAGCUAUUCCUCAGGAAGGCAUUUCAAGGAGUAGCAAUCAAACUGUAAUUCCAAGUCGACGAGAAGGCGAAUGGGAAAUUUUUGAUGACGAUUUAAGAGGGACUGAAGAGAGAUCAAGCAUCGUCGAUGAUCGUUGUAUUAUAAAAAAAACUGCAGACGAUGAUUUCUUCGACAGCUGGGAAACUCCUCCGUCAACAACUACGACUAAGAAGCCGUCGAGGCCAACUAUAACCAUUGCCGUUACUGAGCCAUCCAAUGAUAGCGCGUUGAAGAAAUUUGCAAAUGCAAGAGCAAUAUCAUCCGAUCAGUAUUUUGGUGAUUCGCAAGUGGAUUAUGAGGCACAAUCCAGGUUGAAUCGUUUCGAAGGUUCAAGUGGCAUUGGCAGUGCUGAUUUAUUUGGUGAUGGCGGAAACAGUUCAUAUGGUGGUGGUUAUGCAAGUCAAAUGCCGGAAAUUGCGACAAUUAGAGAUAGUGUAAGAGUGGGUGCCAGCAAAGUAGCUGGGAAGUUAUCGUCCCUGAGUAACUCCGUUGCAUAUUAUCUUGCGAGCAACCAGGAUCGGUACUGA